UACAUGAGCGACUUCAAUUGCACGCCCGUGGAGCCACGGUCCGAAGUCCGCGAUGGGCAUCACUGGACUAUCGUGACUGUGAAAAAAGCCAGGAAGAUGCAGGAGCUCCCAUUCACGUAUCGCGUCAUGGGCCCCAUUGGCAAAGGCACUUUCGGAACGGUGCAGAAAAUCUGUACUCCUGACGGUGAACACUACGCAAUGAAACAGGUGGACUUCGACCCCAGAUACAAGAAUCGAGAGGUUUCGAUCAUGCGAAUCUUGGACCACCCAAACUGUGUCCGACUACAUUACUAUUAUCUGGAUAGGGAUCCGUACAUGGAAUUAUCCGUGAGGCUCAUCAUGGACUUGUUCCCGACCAGUCUAUCGGCUGUUAUCGUACAGAAUCGGCGUAAGAGAGAAGACAUCCCAGAGUUCUAUAUCCGCCUGUAUUUGUACCAGCUACUGCGAGGUGUCGCUUACAUGCAUUCGGAGGAGAUUGCUCAUCGAGAUAUAAAGCCCCAGAAUAUCUUGAUUGACCCGGCAAGAGGUCGUCUGAAGCUCUGUGAUUUCGGCUCGGCGAAACAGCUCAAGGAAGGCGAGAUCAACAUUGCCUACAUCUGUUCCCGCUUCUAUCGUGCACCGGAACUCAUCUUGGGGAAUGUCAAGUACGACUGUUCGAUUGACACCUGGGCCGUUGGAUGCGUUUUCGCGGAAAUGUUCCUCUUGAGACCGAUAUUCCUCGGCGAGUCUAGUCUGGAACAAUUCACCGAAAUAAUCCGGAUACUUGGGACGCCAACUCCUGAGCAGAUGGAGAAACUCCAUCCGAUGUUCCCGAAGGACUUGAAAAAGCGGAGUCCCAUAAGCCUGCAUAAACAUCUGCGGAGAACGAACUGCCAAUCGCUAUCUCUGCUGAUCAAGUUACUUCAAUACGCUCCCGACAAGCGCAUUCGAUGCUGGGACGCGAUGGCUGAGCCGUAUCUGGAUGAGCUUAGGAAGCCGGGUCUGAGGCUCCCCGAUGGCGGUGAUUUGCCGCCGCUUUUCGACUUCACAGUACGCGAACUCGACCAAAAUCCAGUUCUCAAUCAACUCCUGAUUCCACGAGAGAGGAAUAGCCCUCGGAGAGGCUCAGCGUCGAGAAGAGGAUCCGCGAAAAAGCAUGAAAAAAAACGAGCAUAG